GCUCUCUGUCCUUAGUUUAUCAGCUGUUUUUCGUUUGUUUAUUCAUACAAGUGCUUCAAGAAUUUAAUUUAAAUAAUUUAUUGUUCUAUUGCAAAUAAAUGCUACACAGACGUUGUAUUGUUAUAAAUAUGCGCUCCGCCUUGGCGCUGAUUAUGAUCUUUAUAUUUAGUGGCAUACGUCAGAGUCAAACUGCUGGUGGCAAUCUUAUGGAAACUGAAACCAAGCUGGAAGGUCAAUCAAAAAAUGUUACCAACAACAAUGACGCCAUACCGCUCACCAUCAAAAGCAUCAAUGACACUAACGUAUCCUGUCCGGGCGGACCAGAGAGUGAGUGUUCAGCGCUACCUUUUCCUUGCAUACGCUGUAAUUAUAAUUACUCGUGCCAUUAUGGGCGAGAUAUUAACGUCACCUGUACCGCAUUGGAUCAUGUGCAAUGCCAGGGUAAUCGCACAUUCGUACAACAAAUGAACUGCCGUUAUUGCUACCAAACAGAGUUGUGGCAACAGUCGUGUGCUCUCCGUGGCAAUUGUAAUUCAGUGAAUGGUAACUUCUAUCGCACAAAUUGCACCGUACAUUCGGAUGUGUUUUGUCUUGGCAAUCGUUCAUUUACGCGUAACUUGAAAUGUAACUGGACGCAAGGGUAUCGUUGGAGCACCGCACUUAUAAUUAGUAUUACGUUAGGUGGCUUUGGUGCGGAUCGUUUUUAUCUCGGUCACUGGCAAGAAGGCAUUGGAAAAUUGUUUAGUUUCGGUGGACUAGGUGUGUGGACUAUUAUAGACGUACUGCUCAUAUCGUUACAUUAUUUAGGACCGGCAGAUGGUUCGUUAUAUAUAUAGUAAAGAUUAUAAAUUAAAAAAUACUUUGUAAUUAAAAAAAAAAAAAUGAAAUAAAAUGGACUGUAAAAUGUAGUAAUGUAAGAUAUGUUUAUUUACUA